UCAGUGGAUUGCUUGUCUUGCUUUAGGGAGGACUCAUAGUGAGCCGUUUGUCUGGAACCAUACAUUGAGUGCCAUGGACAGGGUUACAGUCGUGAACUACUGCUUAGGACUCCUGGGUUUGUUACUACUGCAGGGAGUGCUAAAUGUGGAGGGAAGGAGCAUACUUAACCCCGGAAAUCGUGUAUUUAAUCCCAAAGAGGACAUGGAUACCCAGAGCAAGAUUAUAGCACUCUUACUACACAAAAGCUUAAUUCCAAUUGAAAAGGACGAUCUUCUAGGUCUUGAACUGGCCAACAAAUUAGCUGAAUUGGAGCAGCUGCGGGCGCUGAAGGAGGACUUGGAGCUGGAGAGGGAGAUGACAGCCAAUUUGGCAGAAGGCAAAUCCAUAACUCGGAAGAGGGGUGAACCUUGUUUCUGGAAAUAUUGUGUCUGAGAUGGAUACAAGAGGAGGAGGACCACUGUGAAAUCUUGCUGCAAAGCCCAACAUAGCCUUAAGACUCACAACACCAGUAAUAUAAUCACAAUGUAUUUAUUCCAGCAAUAUAGAGUUGUAUCAUAAACAAUGUCAUCAAUAAACAUUUCAUUACCACUGCACUGAGGUGCUCUCAUGAGAGAUCUAAGGACUGCAGCUGUAAAUCUUCCCUCUGUAAAUAAUCAGCUACUCACUGGAAAUACUUGAGGAUCAGAUGUGACAAAAUGUACUUGUCUGCAAAGACAUUAUUAUUUUAGCAGGGAUUUUAUUUGCCUAUUGCUUGUGUUUAUGUCGCUCUCUUGUGGCUGAAUUGAGCAUACCAUUUUUUGUAACUGCCAACAAACGUCUCAUCUGUCACUGCUUUUAGAAAUGCACUGCCCUUCAUUUUACAGAAUAAAUAAAAUUAUACUAUGAAUCUGUAUAUUUUGGGG